AUGGCGUCGACUCCCACAUCCACCCGUACCUGGAUCCUGGCCAACCGUCCCAAUGGCCUUCCGACCUUUUCCAGCACAGAAGCGAACCCAACUUUUAAACUGGUGGAACGACCGCUGCCUCCAUUGAAGCCAAACCAAGUCCUGGUCAAGGUCUUGUUCUUCUCCAACGACCCGGCACAACGUCCAGCCAUCGAUGCUUCCGUCAAGGCGGAGAGGCACUACACUGCGCCCGUAGAGAUUGGGGCACCCAUGAUGGCGCGCUCGCUGGCGGAAGUCAUUGCCUCGACUGCGGACAACUUGCCCAAGGGGACCAUCGUGGCCGUAGCGCCAGGGUGGACCGAAUACGCUGUCGUGGAUGCAGCCGAGUGCAGUCCACGACAGCCGCUUCCCGGUGGCCUAAGCAUGACACAUUACCUGGGCGCGCUCGGCGGGACGGGUUUGACAGCCUAUUACGGCCUAGUUGUCAUUGGUGAAGCCAAGAAAGGAAUGAGAGUGGUGGUUUCCGGCGCGGCGGGGGCCACAGGCAGCAUGGUGGUGCAGAUUGCGAAGCAUAUUGUCGGCUGCUCAGAGGUCAUUGGCAUUGCCGGCUCGGAUGAGAAAUGCCGCUGGGUUGAGAGCCUUGGAGCAGACAAAUGCAUCAAUUACAAGAGCCCGACCUUUGAAGAGGAUCUGAUCAAGGCAACGGACGGGUUUGUGGAUAUCUAUUUCGACAAUGUCGGAGGCCAUAUCCUCGACUUGAUGCUCGCCAGGCUGAAGCGUUUCGGAGUGUCCGUCGCAUGCGGCUCCAUUUCUGGUUACAACUCCAACGAGCCAACCGUGCUGAAAAACUAUUUCCAAGUGAUCACCAUGCGCCUGUCGAUCCGCGGCUUCAUCGUGGUCGACUACCUUUCCAAAGCGCAGGAAACCAUCGAGCUCUUCGUGCAGGCCGUCAAGGAGGGCAAGCUGAAGAUCUCCGACGCCGAGAGCGAGCAGGUCGUCGACACCAAGUUCGAGGACGUGCCCAAGACGUGGUUGAAGCUGUUUGACGGCGGCAACCGGGGAAAGUUGGUCACCAAGCUGGUCUGA